AUGAAUAAUAAAGCUCGUUCCAAGAAAGAGAAAUAUUUAUACAACCAAUACGAUCAAUGCUAUGAUAUUUUUAUAAAAAAAAAUGAUAUAACUAAUAUUGCUAUACCACAAAAACAAUCUGAAGUAACAAACACACACAUCCAAUUUGAAGAGAAGAAUAAAAAGAAAAGAAAAGAGAAAUAUCCAUAUAGAAUAAUUAAAAUAAUAAAGGGCUAUAAAAAUGAAGAUAUUGUUUUUUAUUCGGUCAACAAAAUAAAUAAAAUUAAAAAAUAUAAUUUUUUUAUCAUUCCUUAUGAAUAUAUAUCAGAAGAUAUAUAUUUAAAAAAAAAAAAAAAUUCUGUACCUUCAAACAAUAUAAAUAAUAAUUUAUCUUUUGUAGAAGAACUAGAAGAAGAAGAAAAAAAUGCAACUUAUAUUUUAAAGAAGAAUCGUAAUUAUAAUCUUCUAAAAUAUAACAAUUUUAUUAUUCUUGCGCGUCAAAAAAGAAAGAAAUAUUAUAAAAUUAAGAAAAUAAAAAAAAAGAAAAAGAUAAAGAAGUUCAAUUAUUUUAUUUUGAAAAAAUUUUUCAUUAUAAAUAAUAAAAAUAAUAUUUCCUUAGAAUGUAAAAACAAUACAAAGCAUGAUGAUAAUAUUUAUUAUUACAACAAGAAGACUAAAAUAUAUAAUGGGUAUGUCGAUAAAGAAAAUGAUCAUUUAAAAUAUAAAGAAUGUGAUUCAUAUAAAGAUAUAAUAACUUAUGAGAAUAAAAAAAGACAUGAUCAUAAUGAUUAUAAGAACAUAGAAACUUUUAAAUGUCCCUUGCUUAAUAUAUUAAUAAAUAAUAUUAAAUAUAUUUCUAAUUAUGAAUAUAUAAUUGAAAAAAAAUUAUGUUAUGAUUGCUACUGCUCAAUAAAAUUAAACAAAAUAAAAAAUAAUGUAGAUACAAAUAAAAAUGAUAUGAAUGAUCAUACAUAUAUCAAUAUAAAUGAAUAUAUGAAAAAAAAAAAAAAAAAAAAAAGAGAUGAAAAUAUAAAAAAUAUAUAUCCUAAUAAAUUAAAUACAAAUGAAAAGAAAAAUAGAAAAUUAAAAAAUUCAUAUAUUUUUACAUACGGAUUUUAUAGUAAAAAAGGGAAAUAUCAUAUGAAUGAAGAUUGUAGUUCUCAUACCUUAUUUAGUAGUUUUAAAAUAUUUCAAGAAAUAAAAAAAUUUUAUACAAAUAUAAAGAAAAGAAACUAUUGUUUUUUUGACGAACUCAUGAAUGUAUUUGAUAAGACACAAAUGGAAAAUAAAAAAAAAGAUUUAUUGAAAUGUGAUACAUAUUAUCAUAAUGAUUAUAUGAAAUUAUCUAAGGUGUAUGUAAAACUAUGUAACCCUUUUUAUUUUCUUUCUUUAAAAAAAAACAAAAAGGAAAACAAUAAUAAGACAUAUCCUUAUGACAUAAUAUAUAAUUAUUUCUGUGAUGAUUUGGAUGAAAAAAAAAAAAAAAAAAAAAAAAAAAACAUAAAUUAUAUAAAUAAUAAUAAUAAUGAUGAUGAUAAAAAUAUAUUAUAUAAUAAUACAUAUAAUAUUAAAAAAGGAUCUAGUAAGAAACAAAUAAUUUCUAAUCAAAUUAAUAGUUCUAAUAACACAACAGAUAUUUUAAAUUAUAAAGAAAAGAAAUUAAAAAAUUUAAUGUAUAACAAUGAAAAUAAUUUUUAUUAUACUUAUGAUAGUAAUAUAAGACGUAAACAUAAAUAUAUAUUUAUUUGUAAAAAUUGUAAAAAAAAAGAAUAUAUAAAUAAAAAAAAAUCUUUCCAUGUUAAUUAUUUAAAGUAUUUAUUUAAUAAGAAAACUUAUUUAAAUAAAAAAAAAAAAGAACAUGAAAAAUAUUUCAUAAAUAAUAAAUAUAAUAUAUAUGAUGAGAACCUUUUGGAUUUAUUAAAUGAUAAAAAUAACUCUACUACUAGCUCAGAUGAGUUUCAAUUUUUAAAAUUCAAAAAAAAUAAAAAUAAAAAUAAAAAUAAAAAAAUAUAUAUAUAUAUAUAUCCAAAUGAUAUACAUAAAGACAAACAUAUUAAUAAUGAAGAUUUUAUCCUAGAAGAACAUUAUUUUAAGAAACAAGAAAAGUCAAACAUGAUAUCUUUAAAAAAUUAUUUUAUUAAAUGUAGAACUUGUAGACAUUUGUCUAAAUAUGAUAAUUUGGUGAAUGAAGAUAUAUUAAAUAUAUUUAAAAGAAAUAAUAUUUUAAUGUCUCCAAUUCUUUUGAGUAGAUCAAAUAAUAUAUUACGUUCAUUGUUAUUAUCUUGUUAUAAAAAUAAAAAUAAGAAAAAUAAGAAAAAUAAGAAAAAUAAGAAAAAUAAGAAAAAUCUAAAGGAUUAUAUUAUUAAUUGUUUAUAUAUACAAUCUUGUCGUAAGGCAAGAAAGGAGAUAAAAAAGGAUAUCACUAAGAAUAAAAAAAAAGAAAAAAAAAAAAUUAUAGAAAAUUCUUUUGAUAACAUUAAUAUAUGUGAUACAUUAAAUCAUAGUGUUAUGUCUAAUGCUUCAUAUUAUUACUCUGACCUGGAAGUCUAUACAAAGAAUCAAGUGCGGAAACGUUUAGAAAAGAAAUUAAAAAUAAGUCUUUUAAUAAAAAGAGUAAACAGAUAUCAUAGGAGUAAAUCUUGUAAUAUAAUAAGAGAUGAAUCGAACGGUGUAGAUAUUUAUGAUAUGCACAAGGAGUUUUAUUAUAUGAAUAAUUAUAAUAUAAAUAAGGAUAUUAUUUGUAUGGAUAAUAAAUAUAUUCCAUAUAGUAUAUCACAUAAUAAAGAAAUGUUUUUUAAACAUAACAAAAAAACAAAUAACAUACAUAAUUUAUAUGAUCAUUAUGAUAUACAUUUAUUCACCAUAUGCGAUGGACAUAGUUCUUGUCAUACAUCUUCAUUUAUAAUAAAAAAUAUCCAUAAAAUAUUUUAUUAUCUUCUUAUACACACUUUUUUUAAUAUUUACAUGUCUUUGAAGUUAAUACAUCCUUUUCUAGAUUUAUUAUAUUAUAAAAUAUGUUUGCAGAAUAAUUUAAAAAAAUCUAACGGCUCAUGCAUAAUUAAUGUUCUUAUAAAUAAAAAUUAUAUAUAUGUCAGUAAUACGGGGGAUAGUAAAUGUAGUCUUAUGACAUUUAAUUUGGAUAUAUAUGAUUAUGAAUGUAAAAAAAAGAAAAAAGAAAAGAAAAAAGAAAAGAAAAAAGAAAAGAACAAAAAAAAGAACAAGGGAAUAAUGUCACGAUUAAAUGUGGAAGGGGAUAUAAUAAAUGCACAAGGGGGGAAAAUAUGUGGUGAUAAAAAAAUAUGUGGUGAUAAAAAAAUAUGUGGUGAUAAAAAAAUAUGUGGUGAUAAAAAAAUAUGUGGUGAUAACAACAUAUGUGGUGGUGAAACAAGAAACGAAUUAAAUUACGAAUCAUAUAAAAUAAAUUCAAAAUCUAUUUCAUAUAACGAACUGAAUAGUGAACACAAUUGUAAUAAUUAUUUUGAAUAUUUAAGAAUAUAUAAAAUGUAUAUGAAACAUUAUGUUAAUGAAAAUAAUCAUAAUAAGAAUGCUGAUAAUAGGAAGAAGACAAAUGUUGGAGAAGACCAUACAUAUAAUAAUAAUAAUAAUAAUAAUAUAUAUUUAAAUAAAUGUGAUGAGAAUAUAUUUAAAAAUAUAGAUAGAACAUAUCAUUGUGAUAUUCAUGAUAGUAAUAAUAUUUGUGAAAAUUUAAAAGAGACUAUUUAUGAAAUAAAUAACUUGAUUUUAAAAGAAAAAGAAGAGACACAAAUAAAUAUAGGCAACAUCCCUAAUAAUAUAAUUCAUUAUAAUAGAUUAAAUGGAUGUUUACAUCCAUCAAGAGUUAUAGGUGAUUAUGAUAUAAAAAAAAGAUAUAUGAUAUAUAAGAAUAUAUUAUCUAAUUAUUCUAAUAUAUAUAAAUACAAUAUGAAUAAUAUUAAUUUUUAUAAUAAUAUUCAUUAUCUUUAUAAAUAUAAAAAAUGUAAUGAAUGUAGAAAGAAUUAUAUAUUAAAUAGCUAUGGUAAGUUUAAAGACAUUAAUGAUUUGAUUCUUUUAAAAAAAACAAAAAAUAAAAAUAAAAACUUAAAUAUAAGAAAUCAUCAUAUCAUAGAAGAAAAAAAAUAUAUAAAUCUGGAUUAUAAUAAGGAUGAUAAUAAUACUAUUCAUUUUGUUAACUCUUAUUUAAUAGAUAAUAAAAAAAAAAAUAACAAUAUUAAUGAUAAUUUUUAUGAUAUAAAAUAUAAAAAUAAUAUAACAAAUAUGAAUACACAUUCAAAUGUUAUAAAAGUUUAUAAAGAAACACAUUAUAAUAAUAAUUACAAUAUGGAUGAACAAUCAAAUGAUAAUAAUAAAAAAAAAAAAAAAAAAAAAUUUCAUUUAUAUCCAGAUGAACAACUUCUACCUUAUAUUCAUUUCAAACCUACAAAUUUAAAUAAAAAUUAUAUAUAUAAAUCGAAUAAAAAAAACUUUUUUCACUUAUUAUUAAUAGCUUCAGAUGGUGUUUUUGAAUAUAUAAAUCCUUAUAUAAUAUUAAAUAUUAUAAAAAAACAUAAAACCAUAUAUACAAAAAUUCAAAAAAUAUAUUAUCUUUAUAAUAAUUAUAUUAAAUAUAUAAAUACAACAAAUCAUUAUCUUAAUUAUAUGAUUCAUAAUCAUAAUUUUCUUAUUACAUCUAAAGAAUGUUUUGAGUUAUCUAGAGAUAUAGUAAGAACAACAAUUCGCAUGGGUAAUUAUGAUGAUAGUUCUUGUUUCUGCAUAUUUUUAUUCCCACAAUUUUAA